CCCCCCCAAAAUCCCCCACUCCUGGUCUCCAAACGGUCACGAACCCAUUUCUCUCUCUCUCUCUCUCUCUCUCUCUCCCCACCAAAAUUUCUAGGGUUUUUCUUUCCCCUCUCAUCGAUGGCGACCGAGGUUCAGGAAUCGUACGAGGAGCUCCGAAGGAAGAAGCUCGAGGAGAACAAGAGGAAGCUGGACGAGCUCAAGCUUCAUUACAUCUCCUCCUCCCUUCGAGAAGCUUCUGCUUCUCCCAAACCCUCUCCUGUGAAGAGGGUGAAGAGACAAGCUCUGGAACCGUCUCCGAUCAAGCGGCGAUCCGAUCGGAUCGCCAAUCUCCCGGAACCAGCCUACAAAGAGGUAAUUCCUGAUGUUGUACCACGACCCAGGAAAAUGAUAUCUAAACACAGAGACUUAUCAGGUCGUGUGUAUGCUUCGGAUGAAGCUAGAGCUUACACGAUAGAAAAGGCAGAGCAGUUAGAGGCAGAACUUGGAAAUGAACAUCCUUCCUUCAUCAAACCCAUGCUCCAAUCACAUACCACUGGAGGAUUUUGGCUUAUCCUUGAACAGGGUCUUCCUAACCAAUUCUGCAGCAAGCAUCUACCAAAAAAUGAUUCAACAAUCAUUUUAAUAGAUGAAGAUGGGUCGAAAUCAGACACUACCUAUCUUGCGCGUAAGAAAGGACUAAGUGCUGGAUGGAGAGGCUUUUCUAUUAAUCAUGAUUUGGUUGAUGGAGAUGCUUUGGUUUUUCAGUUGAUCAACUCUUCAACGUUCAAGGUUUACAUUUUCAGAGCAAGGGAAUAUGAUAGCAGUUGAUGCAGCUAUGGGCAUGAGUUUUGAUGCUAAUGCUAAAGGUUAAAUUAGAAAAAGAUUAUAUCUUUUCUAGAAGCUGCUCUCUUGCUCCAGGAAAGGCGGGGACAUUUAUGUUGAAUUGCGCAGCUUUUGCACCUUUUGUUGUAUUCAAAGCAGGCUAAAACUUCCAUGAUUAGGACUUGUACUGGUGUUCCAGUAUUAAUGCAGCUGCUAUAAAUAUUAGAUGGAAAUCUGAAUUUUUCCCA